AUGGUUAUUUAUUGUGAUCAGGAUCGGAAUGUUCACUAUAAAGGAACUCUAGAUGCAUUGAAGAGUGUAAUUAGGGAGGAUGGAGUUCAGAGGUUGUAUAAAGGACUUAGUCCUGCUCUUCUCAGACAGGGAGUAUAUGGAACUAUAAAGUUUGGUCUCUACUACUCUGCUAAAGAUCUUUACUUCUCCAUAAACCCAAGUAAACCAGAAUCAAAUGUGUUAAAUCUUUUCUGUGCAGUAUUUGCAGGAAGUGUUUCAAGUGCAAUAGCUACUCCUACCGAUGUGGUAAAGGUCCGGAUGCAGGCUAAGGGAGAUACUAAAUUCGGGAACUUGUUAUCUGUUUUCAUUGAUAUUGGGAGAAAGGAGGGUGUGUCUGGACUAUGGCGUGGUGUUUGCCCUACAGCCCAGCGGUCAGCUAUAGUUGCUGGGGUUCAACUUCCAGUUUAUGACUGGUCUAGAUCUUAUCUAUCCAGGGGGGAACUGGUUUCUGAAGGAGCGUGUGCUAAUCUGGCUGCUAGUGUACUGUAUUGUUUGUUUAUUAUGUACUGCAGGGGGGAACUGGUUUCUGAAGGAGCGUGUGCUAAUCUGGCUGCUAGUGUACUGUAUUGUUUGUUUAUUAUUAUGUACUGCAGGGGGGAACUGGUUUCUGAAGGAGCGUGUGCUAAUCUGGCAGCUAGUGUACUGGCAGGUUUAUCGGCCUGUCUGGCCAGUAAUCCUAUAGAUGUAAUAAGGACUAGGCUAAUGAUUCAACGGAGGUUUAUUAGAGAGAGGGGAGAAUAUAUCCAGGGAGAGAAAAUAUUUAAGUCUAGUUUUGAAUGCUUCUCGCACACUGUUAGAAAAGAAGGAUUUUGUGCUCUAUACAAGGGAUUUGUUCCUGCUUUCGGACGAAUGGGACCUUGGAAUAUAAUCUUCUUUUUAGUAUAUGAGAAACUUAAAUUCUUUUUUUGAUCUUAUAUUGUUGCAUCCCUAACCCUCUGUUGUUUAACUCAUUUUAAACUUAUUAAUUUGAAACUUGCAUCUGACAAUCUCUUGAUAAAUUCACUCAUCUCUAAUAUCUUUGAUCUGUUUCCUCUGAUUUUAUUUAGUCCCCUCGCCCCAUCAUCUCAAUCCAUCGGAUUAUACCAAACCUAGUGUGAUAUAACUUAGAUCAAAUUAAUUUUGCUUUGCUUACCCUAAACAUAAUAAAACUUGUAUUUUUGACAGA